AUGUACGCUCCCAACCAGGAUUCUCUAUCAACUUCACCCCCGGAUAAGCCAAAGCUGAUGCAGGGCGGGAACUACAUAGCCGAAGGUCGGGACUCCAACAAAUCCACCUGGCUCCUCCACAUCGAGUCGCGUUCCUCAGCAAGACGGCCAGGGUACGAGUUCAUGGUAGAAUGUGAACACGGCUCUGGCGACUUCGGAGCGGCUCUCGACGAGCUGAAAAAGGAUACGGGAUAUUUGACUAUUAUAUCCAGGAACUACAAGGAUAAUAGAUCCGCGGUCCCAUGGUUCCCGCGUCGUAUUCGCGACCUAGACCGUUUCGCAAAUCAAAUUCUCUCGUACGGUUCGGAGUUGGACUCCGACCACCCAGGAUUCACGGAUCCGGAGUACCGCGCCAGGCGGAAGUACUUCGCGGACAUCGCGUACAACUACAAGCAUGGGCAACCCCUCCCACGGGUUGACUACUCCAAGGACGAGACUGCCACAUGGGGAGCCGUGUUCCGGAAACUCACCGAGCUAUACCCGACCCAUGCCUGCAAGGAACACAACCACGUGUUCCCCCUUUUGAUUGAGAACUGCGGGUACAGGGAAGACAAUAUUCCUCAAUUGGAAGAUGUUUCUAACUUCUUGAAGGAUUGUACCGGAUUCACGUUGCGUCCAGUAGCUGGACUGCUAUCGUCCCGUGAUUUCCUAGCUGGCCUAGCGUUCCGAGUCUUCCACAGCACACAGUACAUACGCCACCACUCUAGGCCACUCUAUACCCCGGAACCAGAUGUUUGUCACGAACUUCUUGGACACGCGCCGCUAUUCGCCGAUCCAGCUUUUGCCCAGUUCUCGCAAGAAAUAGGACUCGCCUCAUUGGGUGCGCCUGAUGAUUACAUCGAAAGACUUGCCACGUGCUUCUGGUUCACGGUGGAGUUCGGCCUGUGUCGGCAAGACGGUCAGUUGAAGGCAUACGGUGCUGGUCUCCUUUCGUCGUUCGGCGAGUUGCAGUACUGCCUCUCGGAUAAACCAGAGCUCAGGGACUUCAAUCCGGAGGUGACGGGCGAACAAAAGUACCCAAUAACCGAGUACCAGCCCAUCUACUUCGUCGCUGACAGCUUCGAGAGCGCAAAGGAGAAGAUGAUAAAAUUCGCCCAGACGAUACCUCGUGACUUUGCGGUGAGAUAUAAUCCGUACACCCAAAGUAUCGAUCUCCUGGAUUCACAAAAGCAGAUGAGGGAUCUCCUUCGGGAAGUCCACCAAGAGAUGAAUCUUCUCCUCAAUACUAUGGAAAAGCUUUAA